AUGCCCUUAUCCAAACCCCGUCAUAUCAAAAAACCCCGGUUAUCCCUCAGUUGCAUCGUCUGUCGACGACGCAAGGUUCGCUGCGGUCGCGAACAGCCAGAAUGUGCCAACUGCGUGCGCAUGAAAGAGAAUUGUGUCUACAGGGCCAUGAUCCGAGAUGAGUCUACCGGCCGAGUACGACCAGUAUCAUCCCAGGACAGAGACGCCAGAGACUCCGAUGCUCGCCCAGAUCUCCCUUCGGCCCAUUGGGGCCCAACCGCCAAUGCGCCAUGUUCGGAGAAACCGUCUAGACCUCCUUCUCGUGCUCAAUUAUCCAAUGCCAAUCCUUUCCUAGAUCGACAAGAGCUAUAUCCAACAGUUCCUUCGAGGGAAGAGGCCAUGCAGCUCCCUCAGAUUAGAAGUAACUCCACAACUAACCGGGAUCUCUCCCCUGUGCCAUCAACCUCUUUUCCGACCCUUAGCGACCACUUCUGCCGUAAUUAUUUGAGUAUACGACGAGGUGGCCACGUGCGAUAUGUUGGUCGGACUUUCUGGGGUCUCGUUGCCGGAAAGGAGAGCCUGAGCGAUGAUUUCUUUGACGAAAACCGACAUGCUCACCCCGAUCUCCCCCUUCCACAUAUUUCCUCCAUGGGCAUGUUUAAUCUCCUGCGGUCGCUGCCCACCAAGCCCGUGUGUGAUGCCCUGCUCGAGAUCUUCUUUCUCGCCGUGUGGCCGCUUGUUCCUCUCCUGCACCCGCCUUUCCUGCAGGCAGAUUACGACGAGUUCUGGGAUUGGUGCCGGAACAGUGAGAGUUCUUUACCGUCGGACAAACUCCGCGAUGACCCUACCUUUAUAUGCCUCCUCUUUGCAGUCCUAUAUUGUGGCGCAUCCGCCGCACCGGUGGCCAGCUGGAUGUACACCACCCUCCAGGGUUUACAGAAAGAGACGACAGUGAGCCACCUCAGGUCGGCAUAUACGACAAGCCUUUCUUUAUGUCAGCAUCUGGAGCAUCCAACAUUCAAUACACUAGUUUCAACUUUGCUGACGGGGCCAUUCCUGGGCCGGCCCUUCGAGUCCAUGCGUGAUAUGGUUCAUAUGAGCACCACGGUGCGCAUUGCUCAGACUAUGGGUUUACAUCGAGAAGGAACAUGGUCUGCGAUGAGUUGCGUUGAUAAAGAAAUCCGCCGUCGCAUCUGGUGGCAUAUCGUUUGGCUUGACGUGCAGUCGAGCAUCUCCACGGGGCUGACCCCCUGUUGUGGAAACGAGGCCUUGGAGACCAUGAGUAUGGUUGACACUCACGAUGAGGAGCCCAACGAUAUCCCUGCCGGGCUUUCCCAACGCACCGACUCUAUAGCCAAUGGAAAAUCGGUGGCCGUACUUUACGCUAUCGGACGCGUCCAGACUGCUCACUUACAAGCGAGGAUUGUGGGGCAUCUGCAGAGCGCGCAAGGUCCGACCCACGAUGGAUUUAGGGAGCUGGUCAAAGAUGCCAAGGGGCUUCUGCAGAGGAUAGACUCAAUUAUUGCACGCGUUCCUACGCAGGGAAUCCCUGACAGUGGUUACAUCCCAUCCCGUCUGGCUAAUGCAUCUCUGUCCACGCAUUCCUCGUUGUACAAGGAUGAUGCAAAGCAGCCAACCGUCUUUGCAACUUGGACGCGAAUUAUGUUAACAUUACUGAAAUCUGAAGUGGUCAUUUUACUGCAGAAACCAUUCCUACCACCCCCAGACAAGACAAAUGCGCAAUCACGCAAGUCAUGGACCAGUAUGGCGCAGCUUUGCGUGAAUUACUUGCGUAUCUACCUGCAGCUGUAUCGAACUCCUGCAUUCUCCCCGUACGCGUGGUUCUUCUGCAGCUAUUUUGGGCCUCUACAAUGUGUAUUCAUCACCCUAACAUAUCUCCAUUCCUUCCAGGACUCUGGAGAGACCUUGCUGGCCCGAUACUGCGUUGAUGAGGUUAUAAAUUACUACGUGGCCCAUUACCAAGCUCCAAAUAGCUAUUCGAUGAGGACCAGCUCCGGCGAUACUAAUGCAGCCAAGACGCAGAUCCCAUUGGCCAUUCAGGUUCUCGUUGACCUUCACAGACGCCUCGACUCAUCUCUCGGAGCUGAAGACCGGCCCCAGCUGCCAUUAGACCUGGUCGAGCGUCAAGCCCACUUUCCUGCGUCGCACCUUGCUACCAAGUCGGCCGAGUUACGCGCGGCAUCCAUUUAUCUCUCUUCCGAUGAAUCCUCUACCACUCGCACCAACCGCAAUUGUGAGACCCCAUCUAUGACCACAGGACCUCCUCCAGUGGUCGUUGGUGACAAAACAAGUCCGCCAAACAGCGUUUUGGUAGCCAAGAGUGACUCGGGCUUCGAUAUAGACUUCCUUGCUAUAAUUUCGGAUCUAGAAGCCUGGUCUUCAUCCUUGGUUCUGGAAUCCGACAACCUCCUCGCACAUUCUGAUAAUAUAACGCGGGAGAGGCGUACCUGA